AUGGAACCCUUUCCUGACCAGUUCAUGGAAUUCCAUCCCAUCCAUGGUACCAACGUCAGACUGGACCACUCUGGAACGCAGGCCACCAGAGUGGAGAGCUUUGCAAAUGGAGUGUGUUUCAGCAAACAACCUCUGAAGCCCGGUGAGAUAUUUCUCAUAGAGAUUGAGGAUAAGGAGCUGGGCUGGUGUGGCCACCUCCGGGUCGGCCUGACUGCCAGGGACCCCAGGGGCUUAGAGGUGGUACCUGAAUACUCCAUCCCGGACCUGACAGAGUUAGGAGACAGUUGGGUAUUUGCCAUCACUCGGAACCACAACAAGAUCAUAGAGGAUGCUGAAGCAGAGGGUGUGAAUGAGGGACCAGAACCUGCAUGGACAGACCAGUGUUGAAACUCAAAUCAGCGCAGCGUGUUUUGAAAGUGAUGGGAUCAAAUCAACAAGUCAAGGUUCAUCUGUUGACCUUGGGAGAAAAAUUGUGAAGAGGAAUUAAAAUGAAAUUAUGCUGGUCUGGCUACACAUAAUCAAAUAAAACUAAGACUCUAUGGUGA